AUGGCCUCUGCAGAGUCAAAUUCUGGCGACCUUGUAGAGGGUGUGACAGAUAUUUUGAAACGAUCUGCGGAUGAUGCAGUACUUCUAGAACGACCGAGUGACGAAGAUGAUGUGGACGUAGGACCGCAGCUGCAACGGAAGAACGCGGAUCAACAUGGCUCAACACCGCCGAGGAUAAAGCGCAGAAAGAUCAAGCCGAAUCAGAAGCUCCUCUUACAGCGAUUGCCACAGUUGCCGCGCUAUGUGCGGUCGUAUAUGCAUAGAGCGCAGGUUUCAUCCAUUCACACGGCCUCUGCGAGCAGUUUCGUUGUGACAGCUUCUGAAGACGGGGCGACAAAGCUCUGGAAGAAACAGGCAAUUGGUGUCGAAUUCGUCAAGCAGUUUCGAGCAGCCGCCCAGCCUCUAGGACAGUCUGCAUUGAGUGUUGACGGCUCACUCUUCGCUACGUCCUGCUCCACUGACAGCACUAUCAAGAUAUAUGACAUCUUCAAUCUCGAUCUUUUUUCAAUGCUUAAUCUGGAUUACAUGCCUCAGAACAUUUGCUGGGUCUCACGCAAAGGUAGCUUAUCUGCACUGCUCGCUGUUGCGGAAAAGGAUUCAGCAACUGUGCGAAUAUACGAUCUCAGAUCGGAGAACGACGACCCUAUCCGCACUUUAACCGAGCUUCACGGAGAGGCAGUCAUUCUUCUUGCCUUCAAUCCAAAAUAUGACUGUUGCAUCAGUGUCGAUGCGAGUGGAUCGGUCGAGUAUUGGAUGCCCAACGAGAACACACCAAUGCCGAAAGAAGUCUUUCGAGCGAAGGGGCUCACAGAUCUUUACGAGUUCCGCAAAACCAAAUCAGUGCCGACAUGCUUGUCAAUGAGUCCAAACAACGAAAUUUUCGCAACGCUUUCCUUUCCAGAUCGCCAGGUACGUCUAUUCAACUUCACCUCUGCGAAAAUAUUGCGCAAGUAUGACGAAAGCCUUGCUACUGCAGAAAGCCAACAUCAGUCUGGAACGGCGAUUGUGCAGCUUGAUGACAUCGAAUUUGGCCGUCGUUUGGCCAUCGAACGCGAACUUUCGUUGAGUUCGGAGCUGCGCAGGUGUAAUGUCAUUUUCGACGAUUCUGGACUCUUCUUGCUCUAUUCCACCAUUUUUGGAAUUAAGGUCAUCAACACCUAUUCCAAUACUUGCGUGAAGACGUAUGCUCAUGAUGAACGGAUACGUCCGAUGAAUAUUGCGCUCUAUCAUGGUGCACCCAGUAAGCCGAAGAGUACCACGUUGGCGAUGGCUGCGUCAGACAACCCGCUGCUGGCAGAAACCCUGCAUCGUGACCCAAUCUUGUUUGUCACUUCAUUCAAGAGCCAUCGAUUCUAUUUGUUUGGUAAUGCUGAAAUGGCGAAGUCGAAGACUGAACGGGAUAUCGUCAAUGAAGAACCCGAUACAAAGGCAGAUAAAGGAGUGAUGGAUGAAAAGAAGGCUUUGCCAUCAGAGGCGACACUAUUCACAUCCUCCGGCGAUAUUGUUCUUCAACUGUACCCGCAGCAAGCUCCCAAGGCAGUAGAAAAUUUUACCACACAUUGCAAACAAGGUUACUACGAUGGGACGAUCUUUCACCGUGUGAUUCCGCAUUUUAUGAUCCAAGGAGGCGAUCCAAAGGGCGAUGGCACAGGCGGCGUCUCCAUCUGGGGCAAAGAGUUCGGUGACGAAUUCGUCCCGGAGUUGAAGCACGACAAACCUUAUAUGCUCUCCAUGGCAAAUGCCGGGCCAGGGACGAAUGGCAGUCAGUUCUUCAUCACAACCGAUGUGGCUAAGCAUUUGGAUGGCAAACACACUAUUUUUGGACGCGUGAAGCAGGGGAUGGACGUGGUGCAUAUGAUUGAGAUGGGCAAGGUUGGACGUCUGGACCGUCCGCUCGAGCCAGUGAGCAUCCAGUCUGUGGAAGUCAAGCUAUAG